AACUUCUGAACCUUCAAUUCCGUCGGUGCGGGACUGCAACAGAAUGAAUUUGUUGUUGUUGUUAGAUUGUUAAGUGUACUAAAAGAAAAUAAUUAAUGCUAUUCAAUUGAAUAUAGUUUUUGUUUUAUGUUAAUUUAAAUUCAAGUGAAAUGCGAUCGAAUACGAUCGUUUUGGAGUCAACCGCUGUGUUAUCUACGAAUUUCGGAAUGUUCUAAUACUGCCAUCGAAAUGUCUAAUAAGCGUGUGUUUUAUUUUUACAACCCCGACGUAGGCAAUUUUCACUAUGGGCCAGCACACCCCAUGAAGCCACAUCGUUUGUCGGUUAUACACAGUUUGGUAUUAAACUAUGGUCUCUACAAUAAAAUGAAAAUAUAUCGGCCGUAUCGUGCUAGUGCUCACGACAUGUGCCGGUUCCAUCACGAUGAGUACAUUGAGUUCCUUCAGAGAGUAACGCCACAAAACCUGACAACUUACAGCAAAUACUUGAAUCAUUUUAAUGUGGGCGAAGACUGUCCAGUAUUCGAAGGUCUAUAUGAUUUUUGUUCCAUGUACACGGGUGCUUCGCUAGAUGGGGCGAUGAAACUAAACAAAAACUGUUGUGAUAUUGCUAUCAACUGGUCAGGUGGUCUUCAUCAUGCCAAAAAGUUUGAAGCCUCUGGUUUUUGUUAUGUAAAUGAUAUUGUAAUUGCUAUUUUGGAACUAUUAAAAUACCAUCCAAGAGUUUUGUAUAUCGAUAUUGACGUACAUCAUGGUGAUGGUGUCCAAGAAGCAUUUUAUUUAACAGAUCGUGUAAUGACUGUAUCGUUUCAUAAGUAUGGUAACUGGUUUUUUCCUGGUACUGGUGACAUGUAUGAGAUUGGAGCAGAUGUUGGAAGAUAUUAUUCUGUAAAUGUCCCUUUAAAAGAAGGGAUUGAUGAUUUUAGCUAUUCACAAGUAUUCAAACCUGUAAUUCAACAUGUGAUGGAUCUCUAUCAACCUACAGCAAUUGUUCUUCAAUGUGGUGCAGAUUCAUUAAAUGGUGAUCGUUUGGGUUGUUUUAAUCUAAGUACCAAAGGACACGGAGAAUGUGUUAAAUUUAUUAAAGAUUUGAAUGUACCUCUUUUAACUGUUGGCGGUGGAGGGUAUACUUUAAGAAAUGUUGCUCGGUGUUGGACUUAUGAAACAUCUCUUUUGAUUGAUGAAGAAAUUAGUAAUACAAUUCCUGAACAUGAAUAUCGUGACUAUUUUGCUCCAGACUUUUUAUUACAUCCUGAAGUUGUAACACGACAAGAAAAUGCCAACAGUAAACAAUACUUAGAACUUAUUGUUAAACAUACCUAUGAUAACCUUAAAAUGGUACAACACUCGCCAAGUGUACAAAUUCAAAAUGUACCUGGUGAUGCGCUUCCUACAGAGGAAUUUAAUGCUAUCGCUUUAGAUGAAGUUGAUCCAGACGUAAGACAAUCACAGGUUGAACUUGAUCGGAGAGUUGAUGCACCAAAUGAAUUUUAUCAAGAUGAUAAAGAUCAGGAUUCUGAUGAAACUAGAUAGUUAUUUAAAUUGAUUACUUAAUGGUAAUUUUUAACAUUUUUUUCAAUAUUUGUUAUGAGUAUAAAUAUAUUUAAACAUAUCAGGGUAAACAUGUCAUUAAACUGAUAAAAAAUGUUUAAUAUUCAAGUAUAUUUGUUUUUAACAAUAGUAUAUUAAAAGAAAUAAAAAUAAUAAUUGUCUCAUGUAUGUAUUGUAAUGUUAUAAUUUUUUUUUUUUAAUUAUGUAAUGUGUUAUGAGUUCUACAUCAAAAUUUAAAAUCAUAUUAUUUUUCUUUUAAUGUUCAUGUAAAAAAUAAUCAGACUAAUAUACAGUAUGAUUAACAAAGUAUUUUUUACUAAUUUGUUGUUGGUAACAAAUAUUAUUGUUUUAAGGCAUUUGUAUAUCAACUGUCAAUAUAUUUGUCAGUAUUCAUAAUGUUAAUAUUUACAUAUUAAAUAAGAUGUUUAAUAAGUUUAGAUUUAUUCAUAAUCAUUUUCUCAAAUAAUUGUAUAAGGAAGUCGAACGGGUUUUUUUUACCAUUUAUAAAAUAUAAUUUUGUUUUAUUAUAGAAAGAAUGGAACAUUUUUUAAAAUGAUGUAUCUAUAUGCUGUAUUAUUUCUAUGUAUAUAUAACUUGUAAGAUAGUAAAUUAUAAUUUAUUUUUUUAA